GAGAACUGUUCUUCUGUUCCACCUCGAACUGCCGAAGGAUUGGCAUAUUUGUGCUUUGAAGAAGGCAAUUUGUUUCACAGGAUCGUGCUAGGUGCUCUGCGUAUUACGCUGUAGUCAAGACACAAAGAGACCCCUCCCGACACGUGCACGUUGGUGCGCACUGGCAAACUACACCGCCUCUUUCUCCUCAUCGGAUCGUUUCGGGUCUGUCAUGUCGGCUACACCAAAUGGCACCACCGCCGGCGAGGAGGCCAGUGUUAUGCGCCAACUGGAGUUGCUGCUGGUACCACUGCACCACCGUUUUCGCUAUCCUCUCCCCAUCCCCGCCCGCCUUGCAGACGGCGUUGACUGCGACGGCUCUCUCCGUGCGUCCGCGCCAACGUUUCUGACAAGCGCUGCUGCCACCGCUGGAAUUGCGGCAGAGGAUGUCGCAGCCGAAGCUGCGUCUUAUUCUCUCGAUGAGGCGGAGCUUCCUGAGGAGCAGCAGUACGACCGCGUGCGCCGCUCCGCGCUGGCGGUGGUGGAGGAGCAGGUGCCGGAUCUUCUGUUGUGGCAGACGCGCGUGCAAGCCGGAGCGGCGCAGGCUGAAAACUGCUACCAAGUUCUCCAGCACGUCCGCCGCAACGUUGCCGCGAUGCAGCAAGUGACGCAGUCGGUGCAGGAACAGAGCGACCACCUCAGCCACAACGCCUCCGCUAUGAUGGUGCGCAAGGCGAAGCUGGAGCUCGUGCGCGAUGCACUAGAGCAGAACCUGGCGCACUUCACGCACAUUGACGAUCUCUGCCGAGAGGCGGGCAAUCCGUUUCUCAAGGCGGGCACGCCGCGCUUCUCCACUCUGCUGCAGGACAUCGCCAACGAGAUGGAGUUCCUCUCGACCAACACGCAGUACAAGUCGGCUAAGCCGUACGCGAUGCGCUUGGCCGCGGCGCAGCAAAUGGUCAGCGCCACGUUGAAGGAGGCCGUGCGGCAGUCUUUCAAGACAAUGGAGUCACAGACAAAGGCGUCGCCGGCGUUUGAGGCGGCCAUUCAUGUGCCGAAGGAAAGCACAGACGCCCUGAAGGACGCCGAAACAAACCCUGAGAGCUCUACUGCAGGUGUCGCCCUCGCUGCCUCGUCGUCACGACCAAGCGGAAACAGCAAUCUUGUCGUGGCACCCGAUCAGGGAGCGUUGCUGUCCGCGCAGUCCUCCUCUGCGCUGCUCGAGCUGCGUCGCCACGACGUGGCCGGCUCGUUUGCGGACUUUCUUACCGCCGUGAACGACGCCUUCGUAACGGCCGGCGACAACUACACCUCGCUGCGGCGCAUGGCCGAGCUGCGGAAAGGCGGCUUCGGCUACUCAGGCGCCGAGGCGUUUGGCGAGGAGAUGCUAACCACCAGCGGCGGCAUCGACGCGGAUAGCGGGAUGAAGGAGGUGCUGGAUGCCUACCGCGACGCCCGCGUCGGUGUGGUCGUGCCCCUGCUGCGAUACUGGCUGACGCUGUGGUACUACCUGGACGUGCAGGACGCCCGCUCCGAGGCGCUGUCGACGGCAGAGGCAAACCAGGCACAGCAGCGGCUCGCGGAGGAUGGUCGUCAGCAGCUGACGGGGGUAGCCGAAGCGCACACGCUGCCGCAGCUAGCCGAGCACAUCUGCGGGCUGCUGCAGCGCUCGUUGGCCGCGGAGUCGGAGGUGCUGAGUCGACUGUGGCUGCGUGACGACAUCGCGUCCUACCUGCUGCCCAAGCUCGUCACUAGCAUCGCGGAGGAGGUGUACUAUGCCUUCCGUUCCCGCCUGCUGUGCGUCGACGACGUUGGAGAGCUGGCGCGCACAGUGGACAGCAUCCAACGCGUCAGUAUGCGGCGCGACACGGGUGUGCAAGACUCGCAGGUCGUGGCGGAUUUGUGGCUGCGCAUGAUUCAAGACACCCAGGAGCGGCUGGUGUUUCGCAGCAGCGUGUACCUGCGGCAGACCGUCGCGCGUUCCACCUCGACGCGCGAGAUGGCCAUUGUGUACCUGCGGUGCGGGUCAGACGCCUACAACACCGCGUCCGCCUCCGCAAGUUGCGAUGCAACUGCCGCUGAGGAGGAGGCGAGGACGAAGAUGUUCUUCAUCCCUGGCGUUGUCCACGCGCUGCAGCUGCUGAACUGGCUCUACCCCACGCUGGAGUUCUCCGUCUUCUCGGUGUUUGCAGAGGAGGCGGUGCACCACAGCCUGGACUUGGUGCGUCAGCUUGUGAAGCUCAUGCGGCAAACGGACAGCACUGAUGCGCUGCGCGACACGAAGGCGUACCUUUGCCAGCUGUCGCACCUCCAGCACCUCGAAGCGGAGCUCUCGCACGUCGACGCCAACAUCACGGUGGUGGAGCGGCACAUCAGCUUCGCGAGUCUGCGCAAGAGCCGCCUCGAGUUGGCGCAGUCGUCGCGCGAGUCGAAGAAGGAGGUGCAGGUGGACCUUCUCAAGUGCAGCGAGCUCCUGACGACGGCGAUGCUAGCCUACGUGACGCAGCCCAUGUCUGGCGCGGCGAAGAGGACUGAGGCAGAGCGGCGGCAGCUGGUAGCAGAGAUGAAGGGCCGCGCCAAGGGUGUUGAGCGGAUGAUAUCCUUCUACGUCGAGCACGGCGAAACACGCGUGGAUCUGGUGAACAUCCUUCGCGAACGCACGGCGGAGCUGGCCGCUGAGGUGGACGUCCCCUUCGAGAGCGUACCGGCGGCCACCGUGCCUGUGAAAACGACAGCACCGCCGCCGCUACCGCCACCCCCAUCAAUAGAGAAGACGAAUUCCUCCGCAGUGGCCCUUUCUCCUCUGGGAUCUGCGCUCACGGCGGCAGCGGAAACCACGGAGUCCGCCGCAGAUCUUGCGAACCCACCAGUAUCAGAGUCCGCAGCGGCACCCGCAGCAGUGACGCCUAGCCCCUCUGCGCCUUCUUUGCCACCUCCGUCAACCAAUCGUUACACUUCAGCGCCGUCGACGAGUGCCCCGCCAUCGUCAUCGGCCCCGGCUGCUACCGUAGCGUACGCACCACCCACGGCGCAGUCAGGAUCUUUCCCACCCCUUCCUUACUCUGAACUGGCGCCAUCUACGCGAGCAUUGCCUCCUCCACCGCCCGCUUCUCGUGCUCCGGCAACGUCCACCGUUUCAGAAGUGCAGCCGCAUUACGCACCGCGCCGUGGAGGACAUACGGAUGCGACUGAUUUGAUCUAA